AACGUGUAUAGGCAGAGAGAGAGAGAGAGAGAGAGAGAGAGAGUGGGUGGGAGAGAUCAUGAUAAGAGAAAUUGCAGCAGUGGUUUUGAUCGUGCUACUCUCAUGGGCUUACAAUUCCACCUACCCUCCACCACCCAAGAUUUGUGGGAGAGACCCAGAUGGCCCUCCAGUCACAGCUCCAAGGAUCAAGCUCAGAGAUGGAAGGCAUUUGGCUUACAAAACCCAUGGCGUCCCCAAAUCCAGUGCCAAGUUCAACCUCAUAACCCUCCAUGGCACUUCCUCUUCCCUGCACGACAUUCCUGGUUCCCCACAAGUCUGGGAGGAGCUCGGGCUGCAUAUGGUUUCCUUUGACCGGCCCGGUUACGGGGAGAGCGAUCCGGACCCUAAGCGGACACCCAAGAGCUUGGCUAUGGAUGUGGAGGAGCUCGCUGAUCAGUUGGAACUUGGCUCCAAGUUCUAUUUGAUUGGCUUUUCCAUGGGCGGUCAGGCUGUUUGGGGCUGCCUCAAAUACAUUCCUCACAGGUUAGCAGGUGUGGCAAUGGUUGCACCGGUUGUGAACUACUGGUGGCCAGGCUUCCCAGCCAACCUAUCUAAGCAAGCUUACAACCUCCAGCUCCCGGAAGAUCAAUGGGCGUUACGAGUUACUCACCAUACUCGAUGUCUCACCUACUGGUGGAACUCUCAGAAAUGGUUUCCUGGAUCAGCUGUUCUAGCUGGGAAUCCUCGAGUUCUCUCUCCCCAGGACUUGAAAAUAGCAUCCAUGGCUGGGGAAGAUGUAAUUAAACUCAGGGGAUAUGCAACUCAGCAAGGCGAAUUCGAAUCGUUACACAGGGACCUGAUGGUUGGAUUCGGGAGCUGGGAGUUCGACCCCAUGGAUUUGGAGAAUCCAUUUCCAGAGAGUGGUGGUCUUGAAGGAGGAGGGUCUGUCCAUGUUUGGCAGGGUGAUGAGGAUGGAAUGGUUCCGGUGCUGUUGCAGCGUUACAUCGCGACUAGACUUCCAUGGAUCCAAUAUCAUGAGGUGCCUGGUGCUGGCCACUUGUUCCCCUAUCUGCCUAGCUAUGCCGAUGCUAUUUUAAGGUCUCUGUUACUUGGGAAGAACAAUUGAAGCCCUGUUUGCUGCCUCUUCUUUUCGUUGUUUCUGUUCCAAUUGGAAACAAAACAAGCAACAUUCUUUCUUCACUUUGUAUGGAAUGUUUCUGAUACAGUCG